UAGUUAUCGUUUUAUCUAAUAUAUGAGCGCUUUUCUUAAAAAAAAAAAAAAAAAAAAAAAAAAAACAUUUUGAGAUGAACACCAUUCAAUCUCAAAUUCUAACAACCAGCGAUUGGAAGCCCAGAGUGAGAGUGUGUCCCUGAGCAUCGAUUGAAUCCACCUCAUUUUACACCUUCUACAAAUACAAUAUCUAUCUCCCGCUCAACACAACCUCUCUCUCUCUCUCUCUCUCUCUCUAAUAUAUAUAUAUAUGUAAAUAUAAUAAUCUACUUUUUAACUCUACUGCCUCCCUAGACCUCUCCAUAGAAUUUUGGCUGCGCCGGAGAUUUCUUCCUUUCGCGCUGCCUCGCUCAACGACCACGCGUGGGAGUUAAUAGAUUGCUUUGUAACUUCAGCUCACUCUACUUAAUCGAGUAUUGGGUUUUUCCACCUGAAAAGCAAUCAUGGACGUUGAUUCACAGCAAACUAUGGAGGAAACUAUUUUGGUUGGUGAUGAUCUGAUGACGGGACCACCCUCACCUGUCAUUCCACCAGAGAUUGCUUCUCAUGUCCUUGAAGGUGUUGAAUUGUGUGACGGGCUAUUGAGAAAUCUAUUCUUGUGCUUGCAAAUCAACGACAUUGAACCGUUUUGUCAGGAUGAGAUUGCAUUGUAUCGGGAAUGUGCUGAAAAAAGGGAUAAAGAACUAAGGAAACGACUUGAGGAGAGUGAGCACAAAUUGGGAUUAUCAAUGCCUUUAGAGCAAGCAAAGGAAAGGGCUAUCCAGCUUGAAUCAGAGAUCACAUCAUUAGAGAGGCACUUCAUUCUUGCAAGUGGAGCUGAAGGGGUGGAAGGUUUUCGCCAGAGAUGGAGUUUGCAUGGCCGUCUUACAGAUACCAAGAAGAGAUUGGAAUCCUUGAAGGUAGGAAUGGAGAGUAGGAAAAAAGAUGAGCCAAUUGUGAAUUCUAGCACCAAACGAAGAUGGUUCUUUUGGUGAUGAAUCUCCCAAUGUAUCCAUGGAGGAACAUCAUUGCAGGAAUAUUCUUAAAAUCAAUUUCAAAUAAUAGAUAGGAGACGAUGAAGGGAUUAAGUUAGAGAGAAACAGAGGAAAAUAUAGUUGGGGUAUUUGUUGGAACAAUGGUAAUGAUUUGCAUAAAAUUGUGAUGUAUUGUUUGA